GUUCUGCAGCAGCAAACUGUGGCUGCAGGUGAAGUGUGCAGGACUUUACACCAACGUUUCCUCUGAAAUCUGCAGGGUUUUUUUUCUUUCUUGCUGGGUUUCAUGGCUCUGCUCACAAAUGUCGCCGUCCUGCUGCUGCUGGCUUGUUUCUCCCAUCAGCUGAUGUUGAGCAGCUGUCAGAAGAGUCAAGGACGGAGAGGGAGAGGGGUGGACAGAGGACAAAACAAGAACAAAACGGGGGUGAAGGUGGGCCGGCAACAACCCAAAUCUGUGUCUGCACAGCCCAUUAAAGGCAAAGUGGUCACUAAGGGGGAGUUAGAGUGCACCUGGGCGGCGACAGGUGAGGAUGUCUUCAUCCUGGGGGUCUCCUGCAAAAAGGGAGGAAAGAGCUUCAGCUGCGAGUACGUCUCCAGACCGACUCUUUGUCCCCAGUUUGCCUCAGAUGCCAAACUCUACUGGAAGCAAAUCGCCCGGGCUCUGAAGAAGCAGAAGAAUUUGUGCCAGGACGGCGCUGCGUUGGUCAGGGCGGGGAUGUGCAGGAGAGCUGACAGAGGAGCUCACUUCAGACUCCGUAACACACAGAGAAAAACAAAAAACGAUCCUCCUCCUCCUCCCUCCCCGCAGCCUGCACCCGGAGCUGUCAAAUCCUGUCAGUCUGACAACAUGAAGCUGGCAGAGGAGUACUGCAACAGGUCCUGGUCCAGUGUUUGCACCUUCUUUUUUACCAUGGUGCAGGAUUAUGACUGCUGAGACAAAUCAACAACCGGAAUAAAGUCACAUCGAUAUCUGGCUAAAUAAUUCUUCUUUGCUGAUGCUUUACCAAAAAAUUCAUCUAUUCUCACAGAGUAGUUGUUCAGUAGAAGAUGGCACAGCAUUUAAGUACUUCUCCACAUUGUUAACAGUUGUUUUCACCUCAAUAAACACAUUUUUAUCUACUUUUAAAUGUUGUUUGCUCCUGUGAUAACUUUCUUUUUAAGACAAAUAUUGAAUUAUCCUGGGGAGUCAACAUAGUACAAAAGCUAUGAAACAAAGGUGUAAAAGAUGUCUUCAUUAUUUAAUGUCAUAUGUAAAUGAUUAUAUUUUGCUUUGGCAACAUGUUUAACCCAAAAAUGUCAUGCCAAUAAAGCCAUUUGAGAUUGAAUUUGUAAGCACAGGUACCCUUGCACCUCUCAUCUAAAGUAGUGUUUAAAGUUGUGUUAGCCUAUACGAUCUUAGACUGAUGCCAAUAUAAAACAAAAACAUUCUUCACACAUGUACUCCUGAACAUUUCUAGAAGAUUUCAGGACAUCCUGCCCCUGAUAUCUUCCUGACUUGCUUUUCCCCCACGUCCCUUUGCAGUGGGAAGUUUACCCGGUCUGACAGGAGGAAAGGGGGGCGUCUCAGGAUGUAAGAUGUAAGACAUGAUGAACAAAAGAUGCAGCAAUAAUCCAAGAUAGUGAACGAAGCAAAAGAGUAUAUACUUCAAUGUUACAACGGACGGGUGGAUAAGAACAUACUUGCAAGUAAAAAAAGUGUAGGAAGUGUCUUCAUUACGGCGCGGCACAAAGAUGGCAUGUCACAAGAUACGUCAUCACUCCUGCCUGCUUGCGCACCCUGACGUCACACAAAACGUGUAACGGGGCCUCCAGGACAAAUGUUGCAUUU